UCACCAUCGAGUUAACAUGUUCGUGCCACUCGACACUCAUUUAUAAACACGAGAUAUUAAAUAAACGAACAAAUAACUAUAUAGGUAUAAAACGUUAAUGAAAACGCAAGGAUUUGUGAUUAUUUUAUAAAAUAACAUACAAGCCCUGUUACCUUCAAAAUGGGUAAAAAAAAAUUAGACAGAUCUAUCAUAUCGGCAGCGAUAGCCGGCAUCUUGAUAUCCACUUACGCCUUGUUCGUGGAGAUGACCGCAGAAGCAGAUUCCGAUUACAAGGCUUUCUGCGACCUCGCUGAAAAAGUCAGCUGCUCGAAUGUUCUCACGUCUGAUUUCUCUAAAGGAUUUGGCAUAGUGGCGAAAGGGUCGGUGUGGGAAGUUCCGAAUUGCAUUUAUGGAAUUGUUUUCUACUGCCUCAUGAUUAUUAUGACUACGUACGACGACCUGUGUUUGGUGCAAAUUCAGUUUUUAACUGCAAUGCUGUCGGUUGUUAUGUCCGUUUAUUUAGCCUACGUUUUAUUAUUCAUUCUACAGGAUUUCUGCGUGAUUUGUGUCUCUACUUAUUUUGUAAAUAUUGGCUUAGCCGCAUUAGUAUAUAAUAAAUUGAAUUAUGUCCUUAAAAAAUGUCGUUAAAUAUAGCAUAUACAUACUCGUGUGAACUGUAAAGAAAUAAUAUAUUCAAAGUAUUAAAAGUUUGUAAAAGU